CCGGUGAGGGUCCCGUGUGUAACGCUCCCCCUUCUGCCGCCUCGCAGCACCGGCGGGAGCCGCCAUGCAGAGCGCCGCGGCGGAGCCUGUCGCUUCCUGAGGCGGGAGGAUGCAGCAGGCGGACGGGGAGAUGGGGACCGGCGACAAGGAAAACUAUUCUUCUGAGUCAUACAGAGGCGUAUUGAAAACCCCUCUGAAACAAACAGCUACCUCACAUUUGGUGUUGACAGAGAUACAGCCUGACUGUCAGCCUCUCACCACACCCCCUAAACCCAAAGAAAUCCUCCAAGCAGAUCCAUGGACACCUACUUCAAACCUGAAAAUGCUCAUUAGCGCAGCUAGUCCUGAGAUUCGGAGCAGAGAACAGAGGAGGGAAUUGUCAGACAACACAAACAUGAUUCUACAGGCGAAACACCGUUUGCAGGAGCACUUAUCAGGAGAUGAAUAUGAAAAAACUCAACCAAGCCGCAAAGAGAAAAGUCUUGGAUUACUGUGUCACAAAUUCCUAGCUCGGUAUCCUGAUUACCCCAGCACUGCAGAGAAUAAUUACAUCUGCCUUGACGAAGUAGCUGAAGAGCUCAAUGUUGAGCGUAGACGCAUAUAUGAUAUUCUGAAUGUGCUGGAGAGCCUCCACAUGGUGAGCCGCCUUGCCAAGAACAGAUAUGCGUGGCAUGGGAGACACAACCUCUCCAAAACCCUGCAGGCUUUGAAAAAAGUUGGAGAAGAGAACAAAUACACUCAACAAAUUCAGAUGAUCAAGAAAAGAGAAUAUGAGCAUGAAUUUGAUCUCGAUGGGGAAAAAAAUGAAGACAUGGCAAGAUCUUUUGGCUUAAAUGAGAAUUCAGAGAUGUCUUUCGUUGAGCUCCCUGGAAUGGAAUUUCGUGCUGCAUCAGUUAAUAGCAGGAAAGACAAGUCUUUACGAGUGAUGAGCCAGAAAUUUGUGAUGCUCUUUCUUGUAUCGACUCCCCAAAUAGUAAGCCUUGAAGUUGCUGCUAAAAUCUUGAUCGGAGAAGACCAGUUAGAAGACUUAGAUAAAAGCAAGUUUAAAACCAAAAUUAGGAGACUUUAUGACAUAGCGAAUGUUCUCAGUAGCCUUGAGCUUAUCAAGAAAGUUCAUGUUACAGAGGAAAGAGGCAGAAAACCAGCAUUCAAAUGGAUAGGACCUGAGGUCUUGCCAGGUAUUCAGGGUACAAAACUUGAAACAAUUUGUACGACCAGUCCCCCUUCUAUUUCAGAACCAAUCCCUUCCAAGGAGCAGUGUUCCAAAAACCUUUUUCCUUCAAGAGGAAAGCAAAACUUCACUCGGCAUCCAUCUCUCAUAAAGUUAGUUAAAAGUAUAGAAAAUGACAGAAGGAAGAUCCAGUCUGCACCCACCAGUCCAGUUAAAAUUAGUGCUGCAAGUACCCAUCAACACUAUGCAGCUUUCCCAAGUGAAAUGGCUCUGCUUCCAGCAGUCACUAAACAGAAGCUGGAGGAACAAUCAAAGAAAGCAAAAGAGAUGAAAAUGAAGUUGUCAGGAUCAGCUUUGGAAUGUGGUCUGUCCUUGCCUGAGAUAGUCCCUGAGCCUGAACCUCCUCGCACCACAGCAGCCACACAGCAGCCAGCUCUCAUCCAGCCCCUUAGUGCCUGUCUGCCAAGCCACAGCUCAGUCUCACCAGUAAUACUACCUCAUACUCCUUCUGGUGUGUCAUACACAAUAUAUCUGCAUCCUUCUCAAGCCCACACUGUGACAACCUACAGCCCAAGUUUCAUGUUUCAGCCUCUACCAGGUGCUAAUGUAACUGGAAUUAAGAGUAUUAAUUCAAAAGUAUUAAGUAAAAUAACCACUGAGGAAGGGGACAAUCAGGUAGCUACAGAUGAUGUGACCAAGACCCUGACAACUACAGAAAGACCAACUAUAAAAUCAGAAACUGCAUCACAGCAGUGCCUUAAGAGAUCACAAACAUUACAAGAGAGUCAUUUAAUUAAAAGAUAUAGAAGGGAUGAGGAAAACCUUGAUACUUCUCUGGGAGAUUCGACAAAAAAUGAGAGACCGCCUUCCAAUAGCUCACAAAUGACUCAUGAAAUGGACAAUUUCCAGGAAGAGAGACAGAACAAAACUGAAACAUUAGAUCAAAACAUGGCAAGUUGCUGUGACCAGUGUAGAGGAGAAGGUAUUCCAGAAGAUGAAGACAAAAUCAAAACUAAACAAGACAUACCUGUAGCAUUUGCUAUUCCUGCUCCUGAGACUUUUUUUCCAUCUGGUUAUCUUAUUCCUCUUACUCAGUGUGCCCAUGGCAACAAGGCAGGCUUUCUGAAUAAAGAGAAAGCUGGAACCCAUUCGUUGCAGCACACUACCUACAGCUCCCCCAUUGCUGGUGUCAUUCCAGUGACAGCAUCUGAACUGAAAGCAGUUAACAUUCCUGCUUUUCAUAUAACACCCUUUAAUAUAAUGCUGUCACCAACUUCUAUAGCUGCUGCACCUGUGCUGAGCAAUUCCUGUCUCAAUUCAAGCAAUACCAGCUCUGCCCCAAAUCCAAGUUCUUCAGUUCUGAACUUCACAUUGCAACAUGUAGGACUAAUACCUGCUGGUGUGCAAGUUCCUGCAAAUCCUGUCCUUCAGCAUAUGGUAGUCCCUUCCCAACCAGAAAACGUUAGCCACAGCUCAGAGAACUUGCAAGAAGGGAAACCUUCUGUUCCAAAGGAGCCCCAAGAGCCCCAGACAGUUACAGAGAACUUCUUCCGGACCCCAGGAGGUCCAAACUCAGUAUCUUCCCUCUCUGCAACUUCAGAUGGUACUGCCCGAAUCUCUCAAGGAACUCUGUAUAUUCCUCAACGAAAACUUGAAGUCUCAGAAGACUAAUGUUGGGAUAUUGUUUGCUGGGUGUGGUAGCAGGCAUGGUUGCUACCAGACUGCACAUAUCUUGGGCUGUAGGAUGGACAAUGUGUGGUUUAGACACAUCCUGCAAGACCUCAAUACUGGAACAGCCUUAAUUAAUGCUUUAGAAUUAAAACUGGCUCUUAAUGAGAAAGUUAUUGUCUUUUUUUUUUUCCAAAAGCUUACAUGAUUUUGUUGCUGUAAUACUUGAGGUAUCUAGUAGGGUUUUUUGUGUGUUGCUUUUCUGCUAUGCAAAGUAAGCUGGAAUUGUCUUUGUACGGGAAGGUACAGCCAGUACAUAUUUUGCACAAAGGAAAGUACUGUGAGCAUGUAUAUAUUUUAUGGCUUAAUGAAAAGGCCACAUUUUAAAUAUCUUG